GGUGUGAAACAUUUUCAUGAAACCUUUUAGAUGUGUGCAGAUGUAGGAGAGAAUAAAGGUAUUUUUUAUACUAUUGGGAUGCACACAUAGAAAGUCUCUUCGUCUCCCAAGACCAUCGAGGUUACCAUCGGUAGCCUAAUUCGCUCUAAACAGGCAUUUAAACCGCUGACUUCCCGGCAUUUUGUUUGGGCGUUUUAGCACAACCCCGUGACUGUUUCUCUCCCAAAUUACUGCGUGAUUUCUGUUCAUCCACCUCCCUCUUGCCCAAAACGUUGACUGUCAACAAACGAGCGAGCGUGCCGGUGUGACGCGGAUAGAGCCCGCGUGCGGUGGCGUGCACCGUUGAACCCAACCUGCUGAUUUAAAAGAAACAGGGACAGCAAAUACUGUGCACCUACACCGGGGAGAUACGACUAACUGUGGCGAGGAUGGCGUCACGUAGCCUGGGGCUGCAUGUAGCUCGCAAACAGGACGCUGCCAGAAGCGGAGCUGUGGAGAGGAGGAAUCUACUGACUGUCUGCAGGUUUUCAGUGAAGACGUUGAUUGACCGCUCCUGUUUAGACACGAUAGACGACUCAUCUCCAGAGUUCACCAACUUCGUCUCCAUCCUGGAACAGAUCCUCAGUCACAGACUCAAAGGUCAGACUACGUGGUUUGGUUAUGAGACUCAUCGUAGUUUCUGGGACUAUGUGAAAGCAGCCUGCAGUAAAGUCUCUCACAACUGCAUCCACAGCAUUGAGAGCAUGGAGAAUGUACGCUCCUCCAGAGCUAAGGGUCGGGCGUGGAUCAGACUGGUGCUGAUGGAGAAGAGGCUAUCUGAGUACAUCUCCUCCGCCCUGAGGGACUUCAAAACCACCAGGAGAUGGUAUGAGGAUGGGGCCAUCAUGCUAGAUGAGGAGGCGGGGCUUCUAGCAGAUACACUCAUCGGUCUCAACACCAUUGACUUCAGCUUCUGUCUGAAAGGGGAGGGGCUGAAUGGAAGCUGCCCAGCGGUGAUUGACUAUACGCCCUAUCUGAAGUCGAUUCAGAGAGAGAACAGCAUCAGCAGUGAUGAGGAGGAGUUGAGGACCCUGGGGAGCAGCGGCAGCGAGAAGAACACCCCUGAAAAGAUGGCCGCCAGCACUGCGGAGACCAUCUUAACUGAGCAGAGCAGCUGGGUCUGCAGGUGUAAACGACUCGAGCAGAAAUACCGCAUGGCACUGGAACAGAAGUGUUAUCUGGAAGAGAUGGUUCGUCUGAGAGAGGCCCAGCUGUCUCAAGUGAUUCCUCAGAACAAAGCUCUUCAGCAGAGACUAACAGACACACACCUCUCACACACACUGGAGAAGGAACAGCUGGAAUACAUCGUACUGGAGCUCCAGGACCAACUGACGGUGCUGAAGAACCAUGACUUGAGGUCCAGACAAGAACUGACCGCACAUCUGACCAAUCAGUGGCCUUCACCCAGUGCCAUGGAUACCAAUGCUGUUGCCUUGGAUACCAUGCUGUUCAGGAAUAGGGUGGGGCAGUGGGAGGAGAAGAGUUUCCAGAGUCUAGAGCAGCUGUCCCAGACCUCUCUGGAGCCCUCACACACACUCAACCUGGACACUAUACCAGCCAGCUCACACUGGCACCACCAUGGGAAGGAGGACACCCCCUCUCUGAUAGGUCUGUGUGGGUCUCUGCAGUCAGUAGCCAGCAAUAAGUCACUGGCCAGCCUGAAGUCCAGUGAGUGUCUAGCCAGCCCCACCACAGAGAUGACCAGUCCUGACCUCACCCCGUCCUAGAACCAGAGACCAAGAGACCCAGCACAUGGUUUGGAGAAAGGGAGCCAGAGGAUUUGGAUCCUGGAAUUGGAACUCAGCCUUUUUGAAUAACAUUCCUCCUCAACCCAGAGAUCUAACCUCAUCCCCAGGCUCAAUUGAUAGAUUACCAGAGAUGCAACACAGGUCGUAGAAUCAGACAACUGUGCAUAGAGAUUUAUUUAUUGGAAUUUCUAUGACUAAAUCACAUGGAAUCUGGAUCCAGGAACUCAGAGUUUUAAAGGAAUAUUGAAGAAGGAACUCAUAGCUCAAAACAUGGGAGCCGCAGUCAAUCAUUUGGAAUUUACAACCCGAACUGACCCUGGAACCAGCGCUUCAGUAGUCAGUCCUUCAAUGUAAGCGCAGAGCCGUUGGAAAAGCCAGGACUGUAUUGACCAGGACCGACCUCAUGUUUAUUUAUUAGUUUGUUGUAUAUCUGCACGAUGGGAAAAUAACUGCAUAGUUGAAAGCCAGUUCCGGGUAGGCAUACUGUUGUCACCUAUCUUGUGUGUUCAGAUCACUGCAGACCAAGGAGAACACCACUUGACACUAUUGGGAUGCAGCCCUUUUGUUGUCACUUAAAGUGGAGGUCUUUCCCCUGGCCAGCAGGGGGAGUGUUAUAUCACAAGAUGUCUAGAACCACAAAUGGUGAUGUGUUUUAGUUAAAGUAUCUUUGACCUCUAAUUCAAUUUGAUGGACUCCUCAUGAUGUAAACAUGCUCAGCGUCCCAGAGAUUGACACAACCUGAGGAAUUGCUUUCUUUAGGCUUUGUUUAGGGAGGGGUAAGGAGUGUUGAAGGUUAGGGUUUGUUUCUCAAGUGUUAAAGCCUGUAGACUAGCGGUUCUGUUCAUGCCUCAUCAACUUGCAGGUGUUGGCCUGUUACCCUGGCAACUUAAGUGAGCUCUACUAUAGAUGGCCAUGGUGGGUCAGACUCAGCGGCCAAAGAAAUGCAUCUCAAAGAACAGACAUAUUUAGGUAUUGUAUUCCUGCCAGAGGACUGGACUAUCCUCAUUAUUUAUAAGUCUUUAGUGUGAUCAUGUUGGAAGGGCCUUGAAAUAUCUAGAGGAGAACAGUGUUGCUUUUUGUCUUCUGUUUCUACGGUCAAUCCUCUGUGGUAUCUGACUUGCAGCCAUAAUCAUAUUAUUGAUGGCAUUGAAUGUAUCUCAUAAACUAUCAAAAUAAAGUAGCACACUCCAUAUAUAAACUCCCAGUAAUUUAUUGAGUAUUUACCAAUGUUUCGGCAUCAAUGUGCCUUCUUCAGGGUAGGCACGUAGGUAUUUACCAACGUUUCGGCAUCAAUGUGCCUUCUUCAGGGUAGGCACGUAGGUAUUUACCAACGUUUCGGCAUCAAUGUGCCUUCUUCAGGCACAGUGAUGGCGACACAUUGGUAAAUACCCAAUAAAUGACUGGGAGUUUAUAUAUGUAGUGUGAGACUUUAUUUUGAUAGUUUAUUUGCCGUUAGUCAGCACCUCCUCACAAACACAUUUUUCUGGGUGUUCGCCAGCGAAUGUUUUUUUUUUUUAAUUGAAUGUAUUUCAUCCACAAUCCAUUUUGGAUUUAACUACACAGUAUUAUGUUAUAUCUUUGUCAUAAAGGGUUUGUGUUCUCAGGAAAUGUUUCCUGUCCAACAGGGUUAGGUUGAACAGUUUGGUUAGGUUGAACAGUUUGGUUAGGUUGAACAGUUUGGUUAGGUUGAACAUAAGUCUGUAUUGGGGUUGCAUGUUCUGUGUCUGACUGCUUUGAGAUUUAUUUUGAUCAGAGACAUGUGAGGAAAGUGUUCAGGGUGUGUUCUGUGUCUGUCACACACACACAAUUAAUUGUAUUGCGAUAUUGCACAUUGAUUUAUUACUUUUAUUUAUUUUCUCCUGCUAUUUUGAAUAAACUACUGUACUAAACAAUA